ACUAUGAUCAAACAUGCUAAGAACUUGUGCAGUUUGAAAUGGAAUUUUUCUGCCAAUCCUUGUUAUUAUUGCUGAUCACCUUGAUUGCAUCUAUCUGUAUUUUGCAGAAAAGAAAACUAAGUGGCACCAAAACCUUGCCCCCAGGUAGUUUUGGGUGGCCUCUAGCAGGUGAAACUUACCAAUUUUUGUUCAACAAGAUUGAACAUUUCCUUCAUGAUAGACUCCAAAAGCACUCCUCAGAGAUCUUCAAGACCAAGUUACUAGGAGAGCCAACAGUGGUUCUAUGUGGUCCUGGUGCAAACAAAUUCAUCUCCAUGAAUGAGCCAAAGGUUGUCAAAGUCUGGUACCUGAAGACCCAGAGAAGGUUCUUCAAUCUUCCUGAUCAACCACCACAUGCUGCAGCUAAGCCAAACCAAGGAGCUGUAGCUUCUGCUCCAGUGAAGAUCUUGGGGUUUCUGAAACCUGAAGGACUAGUUAGGUACAUGGGAAGAAAGAUUGAAUCAAUCACACACCAACAUUUCAUCAAACACUGGGAAGGAAAAACAGAACUGAAAGUGUACCCUUUGGUGAAGGAUUUUUCCUUUGCACUGGCCUAUCAAUUCUACUUGGGCAUUGAUGCACCCCACCAUGUGUCCAAAUUUGGCAGCAGGUUUGAUGACUUGUAUUCUGGGAUUUACUCAGUUCCUGUGUAUUUCCCAGGCUCUGCAUAUUAUAGGGCACUGAGGGCUGCAUCUGCAAUUAGGAUAGAGAUCCAGUGUGUUAUCAAAGAGAAGAUUGAUGCUUUGUCCAAAGGGGAAGUUAUGGAUGACCUAUUAGCACACAUAGUUGGUGCUGAGCUGAGUGGAAAAUAUGUGCCAAAAAUUGAAAUAAGCAAUGUCAUCAUGGGGUUGAUGAAUUCCAGCUACAUACCAAUAGCAAUCACUUUGGCUUUCAUGAUCAAGCAAAUUGGACAGAGGCUUGAUAUCUACCAGAAAAUCUUAUCCGAGCAUGUUGAUGUCAUAAGAUCUAAAGGAUCUGGUGCAGCACUUGAUUGGGACAGCAUACAGAAAAUGAAAUACACAUGGGCUGUUGCACAGGAAACAAUGAGACUCUACCCAACUGCACCAGGAGCAUUCAGAGAGGCUGUAGAAGAUAUCACCUUUGAAGGAUUUACUAUUCCAAAAGGAUGGAAGAUCUUUUGGGCAGUCAUGGGAACAAAUAAGAAUCCUAAUUACUUUGAUGAACCUGAAAGUUUUGAUCCAACGAGGUUUGAGAAGAAUGUUCCUGCUCCAUACACAUUUAUACCCUUUGGAGCAGGACCAAGAAGUUGCCCUGGAAAGGACUACACACGGUUUGUGAUUCUCACUUUCAUUCACAAUCUCAUAACCAAGUUCAAGUGGGAAGUUGUGCUUCCUGGUGAGAAAGUACAUGGUGCUUUGAUACCAAUCCCAGCAGAGGGAAUUCCUAUCCGUCUUCAUAGCCUUUAAGUUUUAGUCGUAUAUAUACAUGGCAUUCGAAGAGGCGCGGCACCUUUGGAACAUAAGGAUUUGGGGCUAUUUUUAACGGCUACAAUUCGUGUUUUAUGUUUUUUUUAAUACACGUAAAUUGUGGCUGCUAAAAACCGUAAUAAAAUAUGUAUGUUUCUGUUC